AUGGAUCAGAACUCACCGGCGCAGCAGCACGCUGCUGCUGCUCCUGCUCCUGCUGCUGCUGCUGCUCCUGCUGCUGCUGCGAGGGAGACGACACCCGCGGAAGCAGCAGCACUUGCCCCUGCGGUUGGUGCCCCCUCUGGAGCUGCUUCAACAGCAGCAACGCCAGCAGCACCUGCAGCAGCUGCAACGCCACCAGUGGCUGCAGCAGCAGCAGCAGCAGCACCACUACCAGCAGCAGCAUCCUCAACAUCGGCAGUGCCCGCGGCAGCAACAGCACCCGCAGCAGCAGCAGCAGCAGCAACACCACCAACUCCAGCAGCAGCACCAGCAACAGCAGCGCCAGCAGCAGCAGCAGGAGGAUUAUUUGCGCCGUCAGGUGUACAGACAGCUCCUGCGGUGGUGGCUCCCUCGUUAGCAGCAACUGCUGCCGCUCCAGCAGCAACUGCUGCUACUCCUGCAACAGCAGCAGCAGCAACUGCUGCUACUCCUGCAGCAGCAGCAGGAGGCGGCGGUUUGUCUGUCGUUCCUGGUGUUGGUGCAGCAGCACCACCACCAGCAGCAGCAGCAACCCUAGCAGCAUCACCAGCAGGAACAGCACCGGCAGCAGCAGCAGCACCUGCAGCAGCAGCUUCAGCAGCCACCCCAGCAGCAGCAGCAGGAGGAGCAGCAUCAGCAGAACUAAGCCAGCGCCUCGCUUUGUUUGGUGCUGCAGUUGCGUCGGCUCAGAGGGGCCUCCAGGGUUUGUUUGCUCCAGCGAGCAGCAGCAACAGCAGCAGCAGCAGCAGCAGCCGUCCCCCAGUGUCUCUGCAGGAUUCAUCUGUCUCUGUCUGUCCGCCAGCAGCAGCCCCAGGGGUUGUGGGGUCCUCAGCAUCGAAUACAGCUUCUGCUGCUUCUGCUGCUGCUGCUUCUGCUGCUGCACUAGGGGGCGCCCCCAUGCCUCUCAAGGGCCUCGCAGGGGGGGGGCCCCUACCCCUGCCUCAAGCUUCUUAUUUGCUGCAGCAAACCCGGGUAGGGGGCCUCUUCUCUCUCCCGCCACUUGCUGCUUAUGAAGACCCUUUGCUGCUGCCUCCUCUCUUUCCUCACCUUGCUGCUGUACAGACACCCGGCUUAUUCAUGUCUCCCCAGCUAGCGCCUCCUGCUGCUGCUGCAGCUGCUGCUGCUGCUCCUGCUGCAGCAGCUGCUGCGGUCCCGGCAGCAGGUGCAGCGCCAACAGCUGGCGCUGCUCCGCUUCUCUCCCAUCCUCCCAACAGUGCAGUAGCAGCAACAGCAGCAGCAGCAGCUGCUGCUGCAGCAGCAGGCACAUCUCUUACCUUCCCUGUGUCUCUUGAGGACAGCAGCAUUAGCAGUCCUUCCCCAGCAGCAGCAGCAGCUGCGACAGACUCCCCGUCCCAAGCCGCCCCCGCACCAGCAGGAGCAGCAGCAGCAGGAGCACCAGCAGCAGCAGGAGCAGCAGGAGCAGCAGCAGCAGCAGAAGAGGAGCAGCAGCGACAACCCGGGGAGCCUCUGGAGGGCCUUGCUGCUUGGUACCGGCGGCGUUACGGCAGUGGGGGAGGCGUGAGUGUGUCUCUCUGCAGCAGCAAGAGAGACAGCAGCAGCAUAUUGGACAGCUUAAAGAAAUUUGAGAUGCUGUGUGCUGCUCGGAGACACCGCAGCAGAGAGGCCUUUACAGAAGACAAACGUUAUGUCUUAGCGGAUGUCUUACGCUCCUUCUCCCCCUUCACUGUUCUUACAACAGCUAAAUAUAAACAUAAACAUAGACGAAUAUAUAAACAGCAACCCACACACACACAUAAACAAAUCCAAGACGGGGGACUCACAGAGGGGGGCCCCACGGAGGGGGCCCCUAAAGAAGGGGGCCCCACUGAGGGGGCCCCCAAAGAAGGGGGCCCCACUGAGGGGGCCCCUAUAGAGGGGGCCCCCAAAGAGGAAGGGGCCCCCAUGGAGGGGGCCCCAGGAGAGGAGACAUCAGCAGAGGGGGCCCCUAAAAUAGAGGGGGCCCCUAAAAUAGAGGGGGCCCCUCCUAUAGAAGGGGUGUGUGUAGAUGUGCAGCCGUCUAGAGAAGACAGCGACGAAGGAGACAAACAAAGAGAGGAAGAGAAAGUUAAAGAAGAAGGAGGGGCCCCCAAAGAGGCCCCAGAUGUGAAGGGGGAGGAGACAGUUGUCUCGGCUGUCUCUAAAGAGACUGACGCAGGGAAGGCUGCAGUGUCUGCUGAGACCCCAGCUACAGCGGAGGCAGCAGAAGCAGCAGCAGCAGCAGCAGCAGCAGCAGCAGCAGCAGCAGCAGCGCCUGAGUCAAUGAGUGUAGAGGAAGAAGGGAGAGAGCAGCAGCCGAGCGAUGCGUCAGCGUCUCUUCCUGUUGCUUCUUCUGCUGCAUCAACUGCAGCAGCCCCUGCUUCUGCUGCAGCACCUGCAGCACCUGCAGCACCUGCAGCAGCAGCAGCUGCUGCUGCUGCUGCUGAGAAGGGGGGCCCCCGGAAGCGUCGUCGGCGCAUGCGCUCAGAGGGUUUUGUUUGUUUAGAAGAAGUGCUGCGGUCUCUGCUGCCCUUUCAUUCUUUUUAUCAACCCAACCUCACGGCACUCGCACCCGAACCAGAAG